AUGUUAGCGGCCUGGGGCUUCAUCGUUGUCUGCGCUUUGCUGACUCCCUCACAAAGCCAACUCCUCUCAACGGAUGCUGUGAUCAGAGUCAACCAGGGCCUGUUGCGUAACGCUGUCACCAACUCGAUGGCACAAAGCAACGCCCUUCAAGGCGCCAUGAGAGAAGUGCCGAUUGGCAGUGGAGGCGGAGGGGGAGGCCUUCUGGGAGGCGUUACUGGAGGCUUACUCAGAGGAGGUGGUGGUGGAGGCCUUCUGGGAGGUUUGCUUGGUGGUGGUGGUGGAGGAGGAGGAGGAGGGGGCCUUCCUGGUGGGGUCGCUGGAGGCUUGCUUGGAGGAAUGGGUGCUAAUGCCGGUGGUGGUGGCAACGGUGGAGGUCCAGGUGCCGAAGGCCUGCUAGGCCAAGGAGGCUUGCUGGGUGAUGGAGGUCUGCUUGGCACUGCAGGAAUUCUUGGUGGCGGUGGGGGCCUCCUUGGCAACGGAGGCCUGUUGGGCAACGGAGGCCUGCUUGGUGGAGGUGGAAUCCUCGGCGUCCUUGGAGAAGGAGGUCUACUCAGCACAGUCCAAGGGCUGACAGGAUUACGAAUUGUGGAACUGACCCUUCCCAAGGUCAACCUGAGGCUUUUACCUGGAAUUGGGGUCCACCUGGAUUUAUACACUAAAGUGGCACUUAAUGGGAAGAGCCUCCUUGGUUUGCUUGACAUUGCAUUGGAGGUGAACAUCACAGCAAUUGUCCGGCUGACGAUGGGCAGCGCCAGCUACCCCACGUUGGUGAUUGACCACUGUGACACGCUUCUGGGAGGCAUUAAAAUUAGACUUCUUAGAGGCCUUCUUCCAAUUGUGGACAAUUUGCUAGCACGCGUCCUUAACAGACUCCUUCCCGAUUUGCUUUGUCCCGUCCUCGAUGUUGUCCUGGGCCUAGUCAAUGAGCAGCUUGGACUGGUGAACUCUCUGGUCCCUCUGGGUAUACUAGGAAGCGUCCAGUAUACAGUCUCCAGCCUCCCGUUGGUCACAGGACAUUUCCUGGAAAUUGAUUUAAAUACUGUGGUUGGGCAGGUAGCAGGCCCCCUAAUCGACUAUCCUCUUGGCAAGCCAGAAUCCAUCCCCAUGCCACCAAGGGUGCCCAUGCCGCCCAUGCCACCAAUGGCUGAUACAACCAACUCUCAGCUGGGACUCUCAGUGAACUUCCUCAGCUCAGUGCUUGGUGUCCUGCAGAAGCAAGGCGCUUUGAAUGUUGACAUCUCUGAUGGGAUGUACCCUGAACUUCCUCCUCUGACAACCUCAACUCUCGGGGCAUUGAUUCCGGCGGUCUUUCAGAUGUUCCCAGAGCCUUGGUCCCUCCUCCUGAAGGUGUCUGUCUCCGAGGUCCCAGUUGUGAAACUGCAGAAAGAUAUGGGCCUGAUUAAACUUCAGGCUACUUCAGAAAUAGUGGCAACCCAGCCUGGUGCUGCUGACAAACCUCUCUGUGUCCUGAACAUUAAUACUUCUUUGCUGGCCAAAUUUUCUGUUGAAGAUAACAAGCUAAAAAUUAGCGUUCAGCUGGACAAGUCCCAUAUUGAGCUGGCUUCCUCCAACAUUGGGAAAUUUGAUGUCUCCCUCAUGGAGGGGCUGGUCGGCAAUAUCUUUGAAGUGGCAUUCCUUCCAGCGAUGAAUGAUGUCUUAGGUGGAGGCAUUCCUUUCCCCAAGCUGCUGAACAUAGAUUUCAACAAUGCUGACGUUGAUGUCAUUGAAGAUCUGCUGGUGUUGUCUGCAUAAGAGAGGAUCCCAAUGGAGGACAAAGACUGAAAAGAGGCCAGUUCCUUGGAGCAGGAUCGAUCCCUCCCCUUCCAGACUACAUAGCUUUGAAU